AAAGACUGGUCGAGAUGGACGUUGAGUAAGGAAAAGGAGAGAAGAGAAACGGAGAAGGAAAAAAAGCUGGGCGAUGGUUGUAAAAAACGCAAGCAAGCAGCGCUACGUGUGUCGUCGGUACGUAUGCCGCUUUAUCAGUAGAUAAUACGAUACGUCGAAUCGAGUUUAGGUGUUUCCACGUUCAGUUCCGUAGUGCACCUGCAUGAAAGUGGAUUCUCGGACACCAAAAUGGCUGCCACACAUCUCGACGUUGGUCUACGUUGCAUCAAGUACCUGCUUUGCGCGGUUAACUCCCUCUUUGUGUUAACAGGGAUAAUGAUAAUAUCUGUUGGAACAACAAUUUAUGCCGUUUAUGAAGAUUUCUCGCAUUUUUUGGAUCCAAGUUAUUUUUCACCAGCAACUCUCUUAAUUGUUGUUGGGAUACUUAUUUUUGUAAUAGCUUUCAUGGGUUGCUGUGGUGCUCUUAGAGAAAGCACUUGUAUGGUUCUUGUGUUUGCAGUAUCUCUUUCAAUCGUUCUUGUAUUAGAAUUAGCUGCUGCAAUUGCAGCUUAUGCUCUUCAAGAUGGAAUAAAGGAUCUUCUUGCUAAUAAAAUUAAUGCUACUAUGCAUGAGUAUGGACACAAUCCUGAAGCUACGAAUGCUAUUAAUUUCCUACAAUCAAGACUUUACUGUUGUGGAUACAAUGGAUACCAAGAUUGGGAAGAUAUUAUAAAGGAAAACAAUAUCAAAUUUCCUUCAUCUUGCACACCUCUAUACAUAACUAAUUAUGUUGCAUGUCCUCCUAACAAUUCAUAUGCACCAUGUCCCAUUCAUUCAGAUGGAUGUAUCAAAAUUCUUUCAGUUAUCGUUCACAGAAGUGUACUUUAUAUCGGUACUGGAGCUGCAGCUAUUGCUCUUAUUCAGUUAACUGGAAUAAUGUUUGCCUGUAUGUUAGGUAGAGCAAUCAGAAGACAAAAAACAGAAAGGGAGAGACGUAGAUGGGAAUUAAGGGAGAGUUUAAUCAAUGGUUACCAACCAUUGGGAAAAUCUGAUCCUUCUACAACAUUUCCUCCUGUUUACAUGUCAUCUGAACUUUUGAAAAACCCCUAGAAUUUUUUAUCACCU